CAGUGGAGGCCCGGUCCGCCAUUUUGUGAAGCAGGGGUCUGGAGCGAUUAAACGGUGAGCUGGAUCUCGUCAAGCGGCUCCGUUCCCGCCUCUCCCAGCUCUUCUCCACGGCAUCCAUCCAACCUGCCGGAAAAGCAGAAAAAAACCGAGAAAAAGCAUCGCAGGAGAGGUAAAGAGAGUGGGAAAGGUGAGAAUGGAAAGCGAAAUGGCAGAUGCCAUUAUGGAGGAUUCGGAGACCUUCAUGAAGAGGAAAGAAACCAAAACCUAUCAGAGACGUCGUGAGGGUGGAGCUGAUGAUGAUGGCUGUGUUAUAGUCCAAGCACAGGCAGAUGUAAGUGAAGUACCCCAUGAUGUUAACAGCAAUGUCCAGAUGGUGAUGAUGGAACAGCUUGACCCCACUCUCUUACAAAUGAAAACAGAGGUAAUGGAAGGCGUGAUUCCUCAAGAAGGAGAUGGUACCGUGGAUGACACGCAGAUUAUAACAUUGCAGGUUGUAAAUAUGGAGGAACAGCCUAUUAACUUGGGCGAGCUUCAGCUUGUCCAGGUGCCAGUAGCUGUUCCUGUAGGCACUGCAGGUGAACUUCAUGCAGCUUAUGAGAAUGAAGUCUCUAAAGAAGGUCUUCAAGAAGGAGAGCCAAUGAUUUGUCACACAUUGCCUCUUCCAGAGGGUUUCCAAGUUGUUAAAGUUGGUGCAAAUGGAGAAGUGGAAACACUUGAACAAACAGAGCUACAUCCUCAAGAUGACCCUGGCUGGCAGAAGGAUCCUGAUUACGUGCCCCCUGUUAAAAAGACAAAGAAAAACAAGAAGAGUAAACUCCGCUAUACAGAAGAAGGGAAAGAUGUUGAUGUGUCAGUUUAUGAUUUUGAAGAAGAGCAGCAGGAAGGUCUACUUUCUGAUGUGAAUGCAGAAAAAGUAGUGGGAAAUAUGAAGCCUCCAAAACCAACAAAAAUUAAGAAGAAAGGUGUAAAGAAAACGUUCCAGUGUGAGCUGUGUAGUUACACUUGCCCCAGACGUUCUAACUUGGACCGCCAUAUGAAAAGCCACACUGAUGAACGACCACAUAAAUGUCAUCUCUGUGGAAGGGCUUUUCGAACAGUUACUUUGCUUAGGAACCAUCUAAAUACCCACACAGGAACUAGGCCACACAAAUGUCCUGAUUGUGACAUGGCCUUUGUAACCAGUGGGGAGUUGGUGAGACAUCGUCGUUAUAAACAUACACAUGAGAAACCUUUUAAGUGCUCGAUGUGUGAUUAUGCUAGUGUUGAGGUCAGCAAAUUGAAGCGCCACAUUCGUUCCCACACUGGGGAGCGACCUUUCCAAUGCAGCUUGUGCAGCUAUGCUAGCAGGGAUACUUACAAACUUAAGAGACACAUGCGAACCCACUCUGGUGAAAAGCCAUAUGAAUGCUACAUUUGUCAUGCUCGCUUUACCCAGAGUGGUACCAUGAAAAUGCACAUUUUACAGAAGCACACUGAAAAUGUGGCAAAAUUUCAUUGUCCUCACUGUGACACAGUUAUUGCAAGAAAGAGUGACUUGGGGGUCCAUUUGCGAAAACAGCACUCCUAUAUUGAACAGGGAAAGAAAUGUCGCUACUGUGAUACGGUGUUCCAUGAGCGUUAUGCUCUGAUCCAACAUCAGAAGUCUCAUAAAAAUGAAAAGAGAUUUAAAUGUGAUCAAUGCGAAUAUGCUUGUAGACAGGAACGCCAUAUGAUAAUGCACAAACGGACCCAUACUGGUGAGAAACCCUAUGCCUGCAGCCAUUGUGAUAAAACCUUCCGCCAGAAACAGCUUUUGGACAUGCAUUUCAAAAGAUACCAUGAUCCCAGCUUUGUCCCUGCAGCUUUUGUUUGUUCUAAGUGUGGGAAAACAUUUACUCGCAGGAAUACAAUGUCUCGACAUGCUGAUAAUUGCACUGGACCUGAUGGUACAGAUGGUGAAAAUGGAGGGGAUGGUGAAAUUAUUCACAAGAAAGUGAAGCGUGGACGUAAAAGAAAAAUGCGUUCUAAGAAAGAAGGCUCCACAGAUAGUGAGGACAAUGCUGAACCGGAACUUGAUGAUGAUGAUGAGGAUGACGACGAAGAUGAAGAUGAGGAUGAGACACCAGUAGAGAUAGAAGCAGAAAAUGAACCAGAACCACCUCUGUCUCCUGUCCCUCCUCCUGCAAAAAGACGCCGUGGAAGGCCGUCUGGCAAAGCUAAUCAAGCUAAACAAACUGCAGCUCUAAUUCAGGUAGAGGAUCAGAGCACAGGACAAAUUGAGAGCAUCAUUGUCCAAGUGAAGAAGGAGUCAGACCUUGAGUCAGAGGUUGUGGUGGGAGCUUCUGUCCCACAUCCUACUGUGGAAGCUCCUAAUGGUGACCUCACACCAGAGAUGAUUUUGAGCAUGAUGGACCGGUGAUGCAGGACAGACCCGCAGCUUGCUGAUUGAACUGGCCUGGGCUGUGUUUAAAUGGCUCAUUUCUAUUUUAUCGGAUUUGUUUUUCUUUUUGUUGCUUUGCAAAAUUUAUUCAAUUUUUUUUUUUAAAAGACCUGUUUUACCAUAUCCACACCAGAGUAAAACCAUUGAAGAAAGUGGCAAGAUAAUACUUGCUGAAUUUGAUCAACAGAUUUCACAUUGGCCAAUGAAACAUCAAUGGAAAACUUUCAUGUUCUCUGUUUUAGUGGUGUAUUACAAGAUAAGUGAGACUUAUUGUACGAUGACGAUUCAGCGAUGUAAUCUAAAUUAAGGUUUCAUUUUUUUUUUACUCCCUACAGAGACUGCACAUUAAUCUUGUUACUCAGUUUUUGUUCCUAUAGAUUAUGAUAGGCAGUUAAAAAAAAAAAGAAAAAUAAUAAUCACAAGAUGCAAAAGUGAAUGAGCUACCAUUAAAACAAAUGUACCAUUUGCCUAUUGUACUUGCUGUAUGUUUGUAUACUACUUAAGAUGUACCCUUUUUUAUUGUUGCAAAUUAUGAUAGGGUGUGAGAUUUAAACUAUUUUGACUUUGUUCCCAGGUAGACAAAAUCUGAUUGCAAAAGAACUUUGAUGUCCACUAUUUAGCAUGCUUUAAGGCGCCCCUUCCUUUUAUUUUCCUUUUUUGUGAGAGACCUGAAACUCUGUAAAUAACUUUUUUACAUUUUAAUCUUUUUCUACAUUUGAAUAACUAUAGAAGGAUGAGGUAAGAAGUAAUUUUAUUGGCUGGUAUAAUGGGAUGAAAAAUAUUUACUUAAAUACAUUGGGCACAAAAUGUAGAUCCAUUUUUUUUAUUUAUUUAUUUUUAAUCUUCUUUUGCCCCUUUUUUGUUUGUCUUAAUGGAUGUUCAUUUGUUUUUAACUUCCCAUGCGUAUUAGUGUGUAGUUGAAGUGUCAAGUGAGAGAGAAAUUGCAAUUAAUAACAGGCAAUUGGAUAGGUAUUGCUCCAACUGACCUAUUCCGUUUAACAUUGCUCUGAUACUAUAAUGUUUCCUUUUAAUCUAAAAAUAAAACAAACAUAGGAUUGAUGCACAAAAUGUGAACACCUGUAUAUUACAUCAUGGUUUUUUUUUUGUUGUUUUUUUUCUUCCUUUCUAACUUAUAAAUAUUUUUUUCCACUGUGUACUGCUUUUUAAGAGCAAUCAUUGACAGUCUAAGGAUAGAGCAAAUCAUUUUUUUUUUUUUUUUUGUAACUCGCUGUCCUGUGAGAUUUGUUGUUUUAGGAAGCCAAAAUGGGGAAAAAAAAUGUAAAAAAUUUGUGAUGGGAAAACGAUGAAGAGGAUUUUGCGAAUGUAACACUGUACAGCUAAUAAAUGAAUUAAUGUAU